GCCUAGCAAGGCGUCUAGGCUCUUAAGAUGGCGCUGCAGUCAUUAAAUGCCGGUAUUCGGGUCGCCUCCAGAUGAAACCGCACGAUUUUGCCAAAUUUUGCUUAGCCUACUGUUAUUUAUUAAGGUGUAUUGUAUAAGGGAUCGUACGUAGCGCCUCUUUGACCGAAACGUGGAACAAGCACCCGCAAUGCUUUCCAUGUGCCACGCUGUAGGCCUGCAAGGUCAGGUCCUGUUCCCGCUGAGCCAUGUUGCAUCGUUGGUUGCAAACAAAAACACGGGCCGUACCAACCGCAGUGCCAAAAAUUGCCAGCGGCAUGGGAAGCAAGACCCUCAGAGUGACGUCUUGUGCUCUGAAAGCUUUUGCAAUGUUCUCUCCUGGCUUUCCAAGUCUAGUUUGCAGGAUCUUGCAAGACUCUCCUUGACAGAAAUACAGUUCAAACAUCUAGCACUCUCAAGUAUUGGAACUAGACGUGGGCAACACAGGCCUUCCUGGCAUGUUUCUGGGUGUUCUGCAGACACAUUUUUUGAGAACAAGAAUGGCUUCACGAGACAGCAGCUCAGGAGGAGUGUUCCUGUGCUGUCUUGUCUUUUCUUGGGCACAGGCACCUCUUUGUACAGAUUCGCAUCAUUGCUGGAAGCGAGGCCGUUGUACACACCUUACCAAAUUCGAGGAUUCAAGACGAGGAGUAGGCAAGUAGGGGAUGUCCAUUCGGCUCUUGUGAUGAAGGCUCCAGACUUGAAUGAGCGGUUUUUGGCCCUCAAAACAAGAAAGGACAAGGACAAGCAGAAAGUUCACUCAGAAGCUGAGCACAAUGAGCGUCUGAAGACGCUUCUGUCCGAUGAAAACCUGACCCAGGAGGAGCAACAGAGACUUAGGGUUGCCUUUGCUGAGGGCUAUAUGGCGUGCGACCCCAAGGCCCGCACAAGCACCAAGCUCCGAGUGUUCAACAUCUUCCGUGACCUGUUGGGCAUCAUCUUGAUCCUGGCAAUCCUUUUUUCCUUCAUGGGUGAGCUCUCUGGGGGUCCUUUUAGGAGAGUUUUGAUUGGCACAACGAAUGAAGUGAUGCCCGAGGACAUAGACGUCACUUUUGAUGACGUCAAGGGGGUUGACGAGGCCAAGCAAGAACUGCAAGAAAUAGUGGAAUUCCUCAGGAACCCAGAGAAGUUUUCCUCUCUAGGGGGCAAGCUGCCGAAAGGUGUGCUGCUGGUGGGUCCUCCGGGCACUGGCAAGACUCUGUUGGCUCGAGCUGUAGCUGGUGAGGCGAAUGUGCCCUUCUUCCAUGCGGCGGGCCCUGAAUUCGACGAAAUCUUGGUUGGCCAGGGCGCACGGAGGGUCAGGGAUCUAUUCAGUACAGCGAAGAUGCGAGCCCCUUGCGUGGUGUUCAUUGACGAAAUAGACUCAGUGGGAGCCAAGAGAACCAACUCUGUGCUGCAUCCAUAUGCAAAUCAGACGAUCAACCAGUUGUUGACUGAAAUGGAUGGUUUCAGGCAAAAUGAAGGAGUGAUCGUCCUUGGUGCUACCAACCGUAGGGAUGACCUUGACAAGGCACUGCUGCGACCUGGCCGCUUUGAUGUCGAAGUCCAGGUACCUGUGCCAGACCUGGCGGGUCGCAAGGAGAUUCUGCAGCUCUACCUCGGCAAGGUCAAGGUUGCUUCGGAUGUGUCACUCGACGUUCUUGCACGUGGCACAACAGGCUUCACUGGCGCUGACCUGGAGAAUGUAGUCAACCAGGCAGCACUGAGAGCAGCCAUUGAUGCGGCGCCAGCUGUAUCCAUGCGCUACUUAGAAAGUGCGCGAGACAAGGUCCUCAUGGGGCCAGAGCGCAAGUCACGCAUCCCCGAUGAGGAGGCCAACCUAAUCACUGCCUACCACGAGGGUGGCCAUGCCUUGGUGGCGCACUACUCCAAGGAGGCCCAUCCGCUGCACAAGGUCACCAUUAUCCCCAGGGGCCCCUCGCUGGGACAUACUGCAUACAUUCCCGAGAAGGAGCACUAUCACGUCACCAAGGCCCAGAUGAUGGCCACUAUGGACACACUCAUGGGAGGCAGGGCAGCCGAGGAACUUGUGUUUGGCUCCGAGAAAAUCACUUCAGGUGCUUCAAGUGACCUGAAGCAGGCAACUGCACUUGCCACCAACAUGGUCAAGGAGUGGGGCAUGUCUGAAAAGGUUGGUGUCAGGACGUUUGAUGAAGAUCACAGCUCCCUGAUAGUUGUUAAUGAGCUAGCACCAAACACAGCCGAAGUUAUCGACUCUGAGAUAAAGCGGCUCCUGCACGAGUCGUACGAAAGGGCCAAGGCAAUCCUGAAGACUCACCAGAAAGAGCACAAGCUGCUGGCAGAGGCACUGCUCAAGUAUGAAACUCUCGAUGCAGAUGAUGUCAAGCAGCUGCUGAGUGGGAAGGACCUGUCUCAGAUUCGCAAAAGCUUUGCAAACCUCUGUUUUGGCGGAUAUCAUAGACGGUGACUUGGUGGACUACACGUGAAACUUUGGCUACAGCUUCAAAGGACAUGCAAGCACUUUGGGAGCUUCUUAUGCUUUAUCCAAAUGGCACGAGCAGCAUAUACGGUGCUUGUAAUAAAGGCGGGGCUAAAAAUCUAUUCCAAGCUGUACUAACUUUCCGCUUAUGAAUUGAAUCAGUAUCACUGUGUCUAGCUCUUCAUUCUUUAUUUAGCUAACAGUUUUAAGCAAUAGCUUGUCACGUUUUCGACUUGGUAAAGUUCCCUGGGCGGUCACUAUCCGAUCGUUUACUUUCCUGAUUGCUCAUGGGCAUGUUCAGUGCGUUGUAAUAGCUUUUAUCAAAUACUUAUUAUAUCACUAGUCACUCUCUUACUGUGUGGACUGUUACAAAACGUUCAGCUUUGAACAUUAGUGUGCAGUCAGAGUAGUUUCCAUUUCCCAUGCUUCAUCAGCACAUUGAUUAAAUUGUGCGCCUGUUCACUUAUUUUUGAUAUGUUGGUAAUAGAGUGGGCAUAAGUUUGCAUGAGAGAUGAGUGGAUGUGUGUAGAUAACGUGCAAGAAACUUCCUGUGUGCCAAGAAGCGGCGCUGCUUCCUUUGUCACCGUACAAUGAGUGGUGCUCACUUGUGCAGGUGUUCUGGGGUUCAAGUCCUUUCCUUGGAGGUUAGGGUUACAAUGCUGGUGGAUGAGUGAAUUUGAGUGAAGAGCCAGCAACACAGGCAGCCGUCUGUAGCAGUGGUCUGUGAACACAGAUUCAUUCCAUUCCUUAAUAUGCCAGUCACAAUUUUAGCAGCCAACUACUGCGUGGGUCUUCACUCCACCGCGCCAUAUUUUGCAGCGAGGCUGGAGCACAGUACGUUGGCAAAAUCCCAGUUGCAUUUCCGACAGCUGAUCGCAUGGAAGCAGGGAGUGGGUAGUAAUGCCGUAUUUGUGUGUUUUCGCUGAGGCAAUGUGCAGUGUGCCGCCUAAAGCGCCAUCUCAUUUCUCUAGAGCAAAUUGCUUCGUGAAAAGGGUCAAUACGAGGUCAUAAAAUGUAACUGCACAGUCUAUCACAUAGGAAGUACAAGCUGUUCUUUGGAAAAGUGAUGCUUGUCUAGGUAUAUUGGGCCUAAACAAAGGCUUGUCAAAUUUUUUCACAACAUAAAAAUUCAUGCACGAAGAGGUUAAUGGCUUUAUGCAGCAACCAGCAGAUUGUAACGAGUAAGCUGCCUUGAGCAGCCUGGCAAUAGUUCUGCCCAAAUACUGCUUCAUCAGUACGAGAUUGGUCCAAGCGAAGCAAACUGAGGGGCUAUGAGGUAGGCAUCGAAGUCUACAACAAAUGGAUUGUGCAAAAAAGAUUAAUUUCCCAACACUGACUGAAGCCAGACAAAAUGUUUGCCGAUACUAGUGUAGAUGGAUGGGAAACACUGCACGAGGCUCGCCUGUCAACACUUGCUCGACUCCAGGGCUCAGUGCAGCUUUCGUGCACAACCUUCUAGCACUUGGGGGACUGAGGCAACAUUUUUUGCAAACAGUGAGAACUUUUGUAGGUAACCGAAAAAGGCUUAGCAAGCAAACUACUACCGAUAGCCUCCUUGACCUCCAGCUGUAAAGCUGCUAACCAGAUUGGGUUGGUUUGACUUUGGCUGAUAUGAAAACAAACCCUGCCAAGUGUGGGCGAAAAUGGAAUUCAAGAAUAUUCAAGCACUUAAUGAAAGGGGUUUCUAGGACCUUUCUGCUGAUAUUGCGAGGUACGGUGCAUGUUGCGAUUGGCCUUCUCAGUCUUGAUGGGGCCGCACCUAUCUGUGCCAAAUGGGACAUGCAGCUCCCCGGAGACAUUCUACUGCUUGUCAUAUUGCGGGUGUAGCAAAUUUUUUUGCCGACUGCCAAUGGUGGCAACAACAUUUUUUUUACAUUGUGUACAGUUUAGACCCCUUUUCUCAGUUACGAGAGGCUGCAGAAAUGGGUGUUUAAUGUUGUGCACUGUGCAGUCUUUUUUUUAUAUACCAACUACUUAACCCUUGCUACAUUGUGAAAGCAUCAUGUAAAAUAUAUUUUUAGGAGAUACCAGGACCACAUGGUACUUACGUUUUCAACGAAAGAAAAAUGUGUGGAAGUAUGUGGAUUUCAUUAGUCAAAGAUGCACAAAAAAAAGAACCAUGCCAAAGGAACACAGUCUGGUGACACUUGUUAAUUUUUAUUUGCUUUGUUUAGAUCUGUUAGUGUUCCAUUACAAAUGAAUGCCUUAAAACAUCAAUGACUUAUGUAACUGUAACAAAGAGGCCAAACAAUCCUUUCUUUCUUAUUUUCAAUUACAGUAAUAGGCUUAAUAUGUUUAUAGUACUUCCCAAAACGUCAUAUACUCCUAUGUACAGGUUAUUUUUUUAACAGCAUUAUUAGGGUAGUAUGUAUACUCUGCAAGCACAUCUAACUUGCAGAAGAUAAAUAACGUGUAAUUAUUAAGUAUAACUGGUUGGUCGUGUUAUAAACUCUUUCAAACAAUAGUAAUUUUCGUCAUUGCAAGUAUGCCAUCUUAGUGUACAGUGAACGUAACUUUCCCACACAGAAAUGCUUUUUCUUGUCUAUGAUUUAUAUUCAAGGCCAAGCUCAUUACUUUUAUGUACAUUAAUCAGAGAGAGGUCUUAUGUACAACUAGCACCCGUGUUAUCUGUUGCUCUGCUUGCCACUUCUCUCCAGUGCUGGUAUCAGCACUCACAGAUGAAAUUCAGGCAAACAAAUGGAGCCAUUAUAAGCAUCGGAAAGACAGCGCCUUCGUUGUCUUCUGCAUGCGCAAAGUUCAAUAGCACUAUUUUUUUUUUUUUUUAAGCACGCAAUGGCCAUCACAUUUGUGAAGGUCACUUUGUCAGAUUCCUUCCGAUUGUCAGGCAAAAUAUAUGAAACAGCUCGACGCAUAUACUCCUCUCUCCACAUGGGCGGUGGUAGAGUUUUAGGGCUGCAGGCAUUGGCUUUGUUUUAUGUACAGUUUGUCUAAAUCU